AUGUGGGAUAGGCUUCGAUACCUGAAGUACUUGGCCAAGGCGGGUAUUCCUGCAAUGGUGGCGUUGAAUUCCUAUGAUACUGGCGCGGAUAGGAUUCUGUCGUCGAUGAGAUGGGCUUGCUUCACCAUGGAGGCAGGCCUCGCAUUUUGCUGGAGUUUUCACCUGAUGCAAUCCGUCUACGGGCUGGCGGAAUCGCCCUCAAUGCGCCGUCCACUCAGCUUGAUCAAUCGCACUGGAAAGCCGGUGGCCAUUAUUCUACCCAUGAUCCAGGCGGGUCUUCUUCAAUUGACUCCUUUGAAGAAGUCUGCGUUUUGGUAUUUCUUCACGGCAGACGUCCUAUAUGUUAUUUCAUGUCUUGGGGGCCUUUUCAUGCUUGGGCUCAUUUUCCUGGAGUAUAUCCAGACACGGUUGCUCCUCCGGAAGAUCGAAACCUCAGGCGCGAAGUUUGGGACUCUUCAGCAAAGACCAAGCUCGAUACAUGACAGAUGGCUGGUGGUGAGGGUGACGAUACCUAUGGUCUUCAUCAGCGCUUUUGAGGGUUACAAUAUCGUUGUUCAGGUGACAUAUAAUCAUAUGGAUAUUUCUGACUCUCUCACUGCGGAGCCAGACUUGACUGCCAGCAAGGCACAGUCAACCAUGGCGGCAUUUAUUCCAGGAUGUGUGGCAGGCUUGUUCCUCCUUUUAUGCUUCGGCACAACGCGACAGUUCCGGAGGAGGCUAUACAAGACACUUGUGCCGGUGAAGUUCCAGCGGGCCAGCUCGGGGCAGUCCAUGACCUCCUCGAGGGCCUCCUAUGCAGCAAUGGAUGACGACCCUGGAGUGCUGUCCCGUCAAAGGAGAUUGUCGAUGGAGAGGAAGAUGCAGAUCCAGGUAACCACCGAGUUGGAGAUCAAGAUGGAAGUGCUUGAUAAGCCAGCGCCGAUGGAAUACUCCGUGGAUCAGCACCAUUGGGACGAUAUUUCACCGAUACUACCUGGUCGUACUCGAGGUCACGGAGGUGGCAUGCUUCAUUAA